AUGCGUAGACACAGGCCCAGGGACUCCAGCGAUCCAAUUCCACUUCAAAAACUGAAACAACAGAUCUAUGCACUGCAUCCAUACAAGACCCCACAGGCUGAGAUCCACUGCACACUCAAUGUAACGGAUGAUGACGUCAACCCAUACACCGAAGACUGGGAUGAAAACAUGAUGCACCUCACUCCAUCCAUUAGAUGUUGCACCAUCGUCUGCGGUCAGGAAGGAGUCGCAGCACCAGUCAUACUACCACCUUAUCUGAAAUCAUGGUUCCUUCUAGGGGAGGAGUCAGCACCCCAUGUCACACUAGCAGUGGGUAAUGGUUUCGAAGCCAGAAGCCUGGGCCCAAUGAUCAGGCGAGCAUCAAAACUGGAGUGGGAACCAACCCAAACACCGGGGAUACACAAAGCCACCACGGAGAAAAUGUGGAGGUUUAUGACAGUCGAUACUGAAGAACACUGCCUACCUGAAAGACUGACCCUGCCAAGACACCAUGGCAAGCCAUACACAGACCACCCAUCUACUGAAGCAUUGCUCUCUGCUAUAGAUGAAAGGAUAUGGACUCACACCCCUUUCGAUGUUGGUAAGCUACAAGUGGCCCCAGUCUCCAUUACACUAUUGGAUCCAAGCCAGAUACCUAUUUACCGAACUCAGUAUCGUCUAAAGCCUGAACAAACCAAUGGGAUCAAGCGAACCAUUGAUGGGUUGUUAGGGGCUCAGGUGAUUUAUCGAACUGUCUCCCCAUGCAACACACCCAUUCUACCAGUACUGAAGGCAGGGGGAGAAACAUACCGGAUGGUACAAGACUUCCGAGCAGUGAAUGACGUCACUGCACCUAUAGACCUGCCUGUCCCUGACCCUCACAUCACUCUGAGCAACCUGUCACCGAGACACCAAUAUUUCAUGGUCGUGGACUUGGCUAAUGCAUUCUUCAGCAUUCCUUUGGAUGAAGCGUGAAUGCCAACCACUCUUGGCAUUCACCUAUGAAGGACAGCAAUUUACUUACUCCGUACUGCCAAUGGGGUACAGGUGCUCCCCCGGAAUUUUUAACCAUAUCCUCAAGACUCACCUGGCUGAGCUGAAAAUUCCAGAGGGGGUGAUUCUGAUCCAGUAUGUAGACGACCUGUUGUUGGGGGCUCCCACUUCGGAUCUCUGUUUACAGAUGACAAAAUCAUUACUGGACUUCCUUGCAGUCAAGGGAUACAAGGUAAAGAAGAGUAAGGUCCAGUCCUGUCGCAGAACUGUCCUUUUCUUAGGCAGAGAAAUCUCUGGGGAAGGUGCAGGGCUCUCCAAAAGCCACAGAGACUCGAUACUCCAUCAUCCACGCCCCAUCACAGUGUCAGGAAUGUUGUCAUUCCUUGGGCUGACUGGUUACAGCCGCACACACAUCCCUGACUUCACUGGCAGAACUGAGCCCUUGAGGGAAAUAGUGCGUGAGGCGGGGCCGAGAAACCUACACUCACCACUGGUAUGGACUCCUGAAGCAUCAUUGGCUUUUUCACUCUUGAAGACGGAUCUCUCAGUGGCCGCAGCUUUAACCGCACCUGACUACAAAAACAAAUUCCAUCUUGAUGUUUCUGAGAAGGAAGGAUUCACGUCAUCCAUCCUUUUUCAGAAACAAGAGGGGGAGAGGAGAGUGCUGAUGUAUCACUCCUCUAAACUGGGCCACAUUGAAGUAGGACAAACCACAUGUUCUAGGUAUAUGGCUGCAGUUGCAAAAGCCAUUGAAAAGACCGCCCACCUGGUAAUGUGCCAUCCGUUGGAAAUCCACACCCACCACGGAGUUGCAGCAUAUCUGAUGAGCAAAGAAUUCAUAUUCAGAGCCGAAAGAAAAACUGAAAUUCAGAACAAAUGCACACAUCACAUUUGUCAACACUGAAAAAAACAUGGCUGACGCGCUCAACGCGGAAGAAGGACUGCCCCACUCCUGUGCGGAACGAGCUGCACAAUAAUUAAAACUGAGACCUGACCUGGGGAAUGAACCACUCUGCAACCCUGACCUAUGGUUGUACACAGACGGAUGCUGUUACAGAGGAGAAGAUGGAAACAUAGCAGCAUAUGCAGUGGUGCAGCAGCUUCCGGAUGGAUCACACGUGACCCUGGAGUCGGCCAUCAUUCCGCAACCUACUUCAACUGUAAAACUGUAAAUAUCUACACCGACUCGGCAUAUGCCCAUGGAGCAGUUCAUACGGAUGGACCACAAUGGGUGAGGCGCAACUUCACCACCACAGGGAACCUUCCCAUCAAACACAAGGCACAGAUGGAAAAACUGAUUGCAUCCGUUUCUCUAACCGGAAAGGUGGCCAUCAUGAAGUGUAAAGGACAUCAACAACUGAAAAACAGAGUCAGUGAGGGGAAUGAUGCAGCUGACCAAGCAGCCAAAGAAGCUGGUGGUUACACUCCAAGACAAAUGGUGCUGCAGACUCAACCACCCCAGACUGAACUAACAGAACAACACAUAAAAGAGCUCCAGAUCUCAUCAGGACCAUAUGAACAUUCAGUUUGGGGACAGAAGGGGGCUACCAAAGGACCGGAUGGACUGUGGAGAUGCCAUGACGGCAGAUUGGUGGCUCCUGCAAAUCUAUGCCCAGAACUAAUACGGGAAGCUCAUGGGCCCACCCACGAAGGCAUACUAAGGACUUUACAGAAGGUGUCUCACAUCUGGUGGCACCCUCACAUGAAAGAUAUGACAGACUUAUUCUGUGACGAGUGCAGCAUUUGUGGUAGCUACAAUCCUAAGAAACCCUAUCAGACACCCAUGGGCUCAUACCCAGUACCCAACGCAUGUUUUCAGGACAUUAGCAUAGAUUACACAGACAUGGGGGCGGAUAAUGUGGUUAAUGGGAAAAGGUACCUCUUGGUAAUGGUACAGGUUUUCCAAGUGGGUUGAGGCAAUACCAACGGCACGUGAGGAUGCCAAGUCAGUCAUUAAGUGGCUACAGACUGAACUCAUACCUAGGUAUGGGGUUCCAAGACAAAUCCGAUCCGACAACGGGUCCCACUUCAGCAACCAACACCUGAAACAGGUGGAGGAAAGAUUCGGCAUUGUGCACAAGUUCGGGUCGGUGUAUAGGCCGCAAUCUCAAGGCCUCGCGGAACGCUCCAAUCAGACUCUUAAGGCUAAGAUAGCUAAGAUAUGUGCAGGUUCGAAGUUGACAUGGGUUGAAGCCCUGACCCUGAUGGCCAUGAGAGCCUCUCCAGGAGCAGGGACCCAUCUCUCUCCUCAUGAAAUAAUGACUGGAAGAGUCAUGCCUGGUCCACCAAGGGAGGGAGGUCAUAUGCCCGCCCUUGAUGUACAGCAAAUUGUAAUGUCUGACUAUGUGAGAAAACUGACGGAACUCUCUGCAGCUCUCUCCAAACAGAUUCACAAGUUCCAAGAGGGGGAGCUGACCGGAGUCCCAGAUCCACUGAAGGUAAAGGUUGGUGACUGGGUGAGGGUGAAAGUCCACAAGAGAAAGUGGCUGGAACCCAGGUGGACUGGACCGUACGAAGUGAAGGAGGUUACUUCACACUCAGUCCAGGUCAAAGGUAAAUCAGGCGCACCUUGGCACCACCUCACACAUUGCACACCAGCUCCAAUCCCUUCCCGCACACUGACGGAAGUCAGAACUGACCUAAGUGGUCUACAUCCGGUCCCAAAUUCUACAUCUAUUUAGCCAAGGAAAAUGGGAGGUUCAGCCCCAUACUCUCUGACUAAAUCACACCUUUCCCCCUGGGAACGUUUGGGGAUCUCGGGACCCCUGUUUGUUAUUUUUCUUCUCAUAGGGGGAGUCACUGUAGGCACACUCACAUGGCUUAUAGACCAACAGAUGCACCCAUUACAGACUCACACCCUGAAUUCUACUCUGCCAGGUGAAACUAACUCUCUCUCUCUCUUCCCUCUUAUCUACCACAAGACCAUACCGUUUCUAGGCGUGAGGUGUGGGUCACUAAGUGCACCCCCCAGGAGUUGAAGAGCACCACCUUGUGUUUGCCUUUCAAUGCCACCACCACCGCUUACCUGCCUUGGAGCCUUUUGGGUCAUGCGCGAAAUAGCCUGGGGCUACCUGCCUGGACCUAUUCCAGUUUUAACUGGUAUAUAACCAAAGGGGGAUAUGGUGAGUGGUCUUGGAAAAACUUGGUGGCGGAAACAGGUUAUGACUGGUCCAGCUAUUCCAAGGGACGGGUUGUCCUUGCCUGCCGAAAACGGCUUACACUUUCACGCACUGGUUUUCAACUAAAGCUGAUUGUACGACCUGGGACCACUAUGGGUAGUCAGGUUUUUACGUUGGCCCCAUAUGUAGAUACCAGCAGGGCUGAAGUCCAUUUCACACUAUAUAUCUGCUUUACGCCACAACCACAGCCUACUUCUGUGACGGUGCGUGACGAUAUGGCAAAGCCACAUACCCUACCCCGGGACAAGGAUGGGUGGGGUUCUGCUGUUUUAGUGGCCACUACCCCUACCCCGGAUGAGAACAUUCAGGUUGCUACAGGUGUCUCAGGUUUUUCUAACAAUUGGUUAUUAUUGACCGAACAAGCAGCCAAUACAACCCCCACUAGUUGCGUAGUUUGCAUGAGCGCCAGACCAUUGCUCCGCAUUGUCCCGGCCACUGUCGAGAUCGGAUGUUUAAUGCCCCUUAUGGACAAAGACAAUCCGACUGGUAAUUUCCCUUGUGGGAUGCAGUUUACCCUGUUGUCUCCGCUACGGUCAGGGCACCAGUAUUUUCCUCUGAUGUUGCCAGGGCCGAAUUCUCCUGUAUUAACUUGACAGGGGGUUUACUACAGUUAGGGUUACUCCCUGAGGGUUGGUGUACAAAUACUAUCGUAUUAGUUGGUGGUUUUAAGCCAGUGGUCAGGGCUGACAUCUGGUGGUGGUGUGGUGGAACUCGGGUUUUUGACAGAAUUCCCAGUGAUGCUACGGGUACUUGUGGGCUUGUAACACUUCUGCUGCCUAUCUCUGUUUACCCUAUAGGUGUGGGUGAUUUGGUGACCCGGAUACAGGCUGUGGACCCACAGUUUCUGCCUACCAGAACCAAGCGGGCAGCAGCCCUGACUGUCGGGGAUCCCACGUAUAUUGAUGCCAUAGGUGUUCCUAGGGGGGUCCCUGAUGAGUACAAGCUGGUGGACCAGGUCGCAGCAGGUUUUGAAUAAUCUCUCUGCUGGUGGUGCACUGUUAAUAAAAAUGUUGACCGCAUUAACUAUAUACAUUUCAAUGUCCAAAAAUUAGGUAACUGGACUCAACAAGGUUUUGAGGCCGUACAUGGUCAACUGGCUACCACCUCCCUUAUGGCUUUUCAAAAUCGCAUUGCCGUUGAUAUGUUGCUGGCUGAGAAGGGUGGGGUAUGUUUUAUGU